UCGCUUGGAGCUUUCGUUUUAAAACGAGGAUUCAACAUUUAAGUGGCGGCUCGCGGGGACACAGUAAUAGGAAAAGAUGGAAGAAGGAUCCGAAAUUUUGCAGCUCUACGAAAUUCAGUACUCGGAUCUCUUGCUUCUAUCAUCUUCUUCCUCAUCGUGUUCGCAUUAUCAAGAGAAAAUGAUAAUGGAAAACCUGGGGCCGACGGGCCCUGGCCUCCUCGCUAUUACAAACGUUCCCGACGCUUCGCUUCUCCGACGAAAGCUCCUCCCUCUUGCUCGCAAGCUGGCUCUUCUUAGCCCCGAUGAUCGCAAACGUAUUCUCAGAGACCACAACUUGGGGAGUGAUGUCCCAUUGAAAAACCCAGAUAGGAAUGUCUCCUCUUUCGCGAUGCAGCUCAAAUAUGCUCAAGGUACGGAAGCCAUUGAAAGUAAACCAAGCGACGGAGUAGGUAGCCAUUUGAAUUUGGAAAAUGAAACUAUGGGUAGGACCAGUGAUAUUGAGGAUGAUGUAUUUGAUAAUCUUGAGAAUAUGUUCAAGGCACUAGGAUUGUGCAUGAUGGAAAUAGGGCUCUGUCUUGCUCGAAUAUGUGAUAUGGCCAUUGGAGGCAAUGAGCUUGAGCAAAGCUUAUUGGAAUCAUGUGCUGCAAAAGGACGACUUAUACAUUAUCAUUCAAUGGUUGAUAGCCUUGUUCUUAGAGAAGCUGGUCCAAAGAAGGGAUCGAGUAAAAGAAAUGCUAAUAAUCAUGCAAGAAGCAAGGAGAAUUUAUUGAAAGGUGCUAAUUUGGACACAAAUGGUAAUGAAGUUAGGUUACGUGAAAUUCAUCCCAACCUAUGGCAACAGUGGCAUUUUGACUAUGGUAUCUUCACUCUUUUGACUGAUCCCAUGUUUCUCCUGUCCUCACACCGAACAACAGUAAAAAGUGAAUUUUCCAAUUCUAGCGGUCAAGAAUGUGCUUCACCAAGUGGGCAUUCAUACUUGCAGGUUUUUCACCCUAACAAGAAUAAAGUCCUCAUGGUGAAGGCCUCUCCUGAAAGCUUCAUUGUUCAGGUUGGUGAAUCAGCAGAUAUCUUAUCCAAAGGAAAGCUACGGUCUACCCUUCACUGUGUGCGUAGACCAGCAAGGUUUGAAAAUUUAAGCAGAGAAACUUUCGUUGUGUUUCUGCAGCCUGCUUGGAGUAAAACUUUCUCGAUCUCAGAUUACCCCAUGGAACAUUACAACCCAAGCGUUCAUCAUUUGGAACAAGCUGAGGACCAUUACUUUUCUGAUCAAGACCAAAAUGCACUAACUCAGGAAAUUCAAAAAAUAGUUCCACCACUUUCAGCACGAUUGAAGGAUGGGAUGACAUUUGCAGAAUUCUCACGUGAGACUACGAAGCAGUAUUAUGGUGGCAGUGGUUUACAAUCUAAUAAAUGAUUAGCUCAUCUGAUAUCUUUCCUCCGUGGGAACAUAGGAUUUUCAUGUUGGUAGGGCUUCGGCUUUCAUCAUGUAGGUAUUGUUACAAGAGUUUUAGUCCUUAUACUUCUCUCACAUUCAGAUUCACUUACUCUUAUUGUUCCCUCACAAAUAUGCGUGCCUAAUGCAGUGACUCAAUUGUUUUUUCUUUUGCAUAAUAGAAAUGUUGUUCUAUAUUUUCUGUAUUUAAUAAAUGUUCUGUUUGACUC